UGUGCAUUGCGUUCUCAUUUGUCUGUCAGAUUGAUUUUAAUCACAGACGGUGACUUUUCUUCCCCAGUUCAUCCGAAAAUCGAAGGUAACGGUCUCCCCUCGUCUUCUAAGUUCUCAUUUCUGAAAAUAAAGAAAACGCUUCGAUUCGUAAAACUCUGGCCAUGGAGAAGCGGCUUCGCUCUUCUCUCCGAUCCUCAGCCGACGAAUUUCUGAGCUCAGCCACAAAGCAAACCCUAAAAUCCUCAAAGCCCGCUCUGAAAACCCUAAUUCACGCCAUCAAUCCUUCCUCCGACCUCUCCUCCUCUCUCCCUCUCUCUCUCUGCAACUCCAUUUCCCAAACCAUCCAAUCCUUCCAGAACCUUCUAGACCCUAACUCCAACCCGAACCCUAGGCAUAGUUCCCCACGCUCUCCUCCCACCAAGCGCCUCCGGAGGUCAUCUCGGAGGUCCAAGACCCGGUCCGAACCCGAACGAGACGAUCCCGACCCGAAUCCUGACCUGGAAAAGCAGCGACUUCUUUCCGAGCUUCAAGUUUUAGCUUUUAUCACGCAACUAUGCGUUUCGCAUCCCCAAAAUGCGUUCUCGCCGUUGGAUUUGUUGCCCGGAGUUCAGGCGCUGCACGACAAUUUGAUCAUUUUGGAGUCGGAUUCAGUGCUGGUAUCGGAGAUAGCGAGUUUGUGCGAGCAAUGGUGGAAGGAGGAGUUGCCGGGGCGAGAAUCUCUGAUUUCUCAGUCGCUCCCUUUCUUGCUGUCUCGAUCUCUGACUCUGAAGAAGAAGGCGGACGUCCACAGAGUCUACGCACUCCGCGAGGCCUUUGCGUGUUUUGAUUUCGAGGAUGAUAGCAUUGAAGACUUGAAGCAGUUGUUAAUCCGGUGUGUGAUUUCGCCUCUGUAUCUAAAGGCAGAAGAGGGGAAGAAGUUCCUUGCUUUUCUGUUCGGUUUGAGUUCGCAGCUGUUGAAGGAAGUGUUGGCAAUGAUUCGGUCUCAGGUUCCGUUUGGACGAAAGUCGAUGCUAGAGGCUUAUGGGGAUGUUCUGUUUCGGGCUUGGAAAGUGUUGGAGGGGGACUCAAGAAGUGAAAUUGAAAAUGGUUUUUUGCAGGGUUUGAUUGAGGGUGCAAUACAUGCCAGUUCUGGAGCUUUGGCUGCUUCAAUUAGAAGGGUUUUGGGAGGGUUUAUAAACCAGAGGACCACUGCUGGUGUUGAGAAGCUUCUUUUCCAGCUCUCUGAACCUGUGAUAUUUCGCUCUCUGCAGGUUGCGAAUUCUAAUGUUCGUCAAAAUGCGCUGCAUUUGAUUCUGGACUUGUUCCCUCUUGAAGAUCCUGAUUCCACAAAAGAGGUGAAAGAUUCGUUGCUUCAUAAGCAGUUCUUUUUGUUGGAGAGAUUACUGGCCGACGACUGUCCUGAGGUGAGAGUGGUUGCGGUGGAAGGUUCUUGUCGCGUCCUUCAUCUCUUUUGGGAAAUCAUCCCUUUGCCCACCAUCACAAAGUUAAUUACUAAGAUUUUUGAUGAUAUGUCACAUGAUGUAUGGCACGAGGUUAGACUUUCCACAAUAAAUGGUAUUAUGUAUUUGUUUGGAAAUCCCCAAUGUCAUCAAAUUCUCAAUGUGCUUCUACCCAGAUUGGGGCAUUUGAUGAUGGACAAUGUCCUAUCAAUAAGAGUUGCCAUGGCAGAUCUCCUUCUUCUUGUAAGAGAUAUUCGAAAUUUCCAGUUCCAUAAGGUGGUCAAGUUAGAUGUAUUAUUAUCUACCCUUGCAAAUGAUCAACCUCAAGUUGCUCAGAAAAUCACAAGACUGCUUAUGCCAUCAUACUUUCCCUCGAAAGUGUCUGUUGAAGCAGCAUGCAAUCGCUGCGUGACACUUGUUAAAAGGUCUCCGAUGGCUGGAGCAAGGUUUUGUGAGUUUGCUGUGUCCCAAGGGGCAUCUCAUAAGUCUUUGGUGGAACUUGUUAGAGUAUUGGUUACUUUGGUCUUGCUGCCUAAUAAUCUGGAUGAAGAUCGAGUUGAGGGUUUACUUCUCGCUGGUGCCAACCUUUGUAAUACCCUAGCCAGCGAGCCAUUUUUCAAGAAUUCUCUUAAAGAGUUCUUUGAUGGUGAAAAACUGAAGUGCUUGUUUGCUGCUGCGGCUACUGGGCGUGCUCAGUCUUCUGUAUUCAACAUUGUUUCAGCUGUCUCUCCAGAUGAUGUGACUGGACUUCUUGAUGAAUGCAUGCACCAGGUCACAAAUUGUAGUGGUUUAUCCACAAAUGUGGAGAGGCAAGCUGAAGUGAGGUCUGCUCACAAGUUGUUGCUCUCUUGUGAUGGGGUUGAUGGCAUGCUUGAAGCUCUAACAGCCUUCCUGCAGAAAGCUGCAUACCGUUGCCAUAUUAAAUUUGGCAAUGAAAUAACGAAGCUGAGUGUUUUCUCUGCAAAAAGGAAGAAACCAAAGUCCUCUAGCAAAAUUUCAGCUCGAUGGAAAAAUGUUGGUGGGAAAAAGCAAGCCAAUUUUGAGAAUGAUUAUUCAAUUGCAGUAGGAAUAGCCUGGCAAAUUAGAGACUUGCUUGUAUCUGUCAACGCUCGGAAAUCUAUAUUGGGUUCUCAAGUUCUAGAAUCGUUAUUUCUAUCCUUAAAGGUCUUGUCUGAGGUUAGCAUUGUGCAGUGCAUGCAUUGUGAAUAUAUGGACACGUCUCCGGUUUUGGCAUAUACAGAUCUUGCUCUGCAUAUGUCUCUUCAAAAGGAUCAUAGGACUGAAUCCACAAGGUCUAGUUUGGAGACAGAGUUGGAACACGCAUUGGAUCACCUGCUUAACUGUGCGGACAGGCUAUUUGGAGCAGGUGAUUCUGGAGGGUCUGGAAAUAUUUCUCCAGAAUCUAAGCAUGCUAGCAAUAGGUCGUCCACUCGUCGUGAAAAAAGACACAGAGGACCUCAGGUUGAUGCCUCCAGUCCAAGUGAUGGUGGAUGUGUCUAUACUGAACCAAAGAAGUUAUCAAACAAGGUGAAGAUGCUUACUGCAGUCCUAAGGUUCGUGGUUGAUGCUGCUACAAUAGGUUUUGUUCCUCAAAAUCAGGGCAGGUGCUUAAAGUUCACAUCAGGUUAUAUACAAUGCGUCACAUCUACUUUGGAGCGACAACCUCGGGAGCAGUUUCAAUUUGAGGAGGAGGAUUUGAAGGAUAUGAUUCUCUGUCUGAAGAGCUCCUUCACCUAUGCAGCCAAGUUACUUAAUCUAGCUCUUAAAGAUGUUACAGAAGCUUCACCAUUUCUCACAGAAGCUUCUGAUCUUGCGAACUAUCUGCUUGACUUAAUCAUCUCGAUUGAAUUGUACUUGGGCUCUAACUACGUUGCGCAUAUGGUGACAGGAGUAAAGUCUUGGCUUCCUGACUUGGUUUUGGCAUUAGGAUCUGGCCAGAUUAUGAAACAGAUUAAGGGAGAGGCGAUAGAAAUAACUGCAGCUGAUCGCAAUAGACUCCACUUUCCAUCAUGGCUCUUGAUUUUAGCUAAGAUUGAGGUCUCCGAAAUAAGUGAAGUUAGGCCAGAAGAAGAUGGAGAUUCUGAACCAGAGGAGUUUCCUGCUUUUAAGAAACUUCUUGACAUGAUUGUCAUAUUGUUGAAAGGAAACCUCAGCAUACGGGAUGUUUUUGGAGUGGUUUUCUUGAUUGCCGCCAUAGUUGGGCUGGAGAAGAAGAAUUUCAGGUUGGUUUCCGGACUUGUACGCUUUGUAUGCCUGAAGGUAUUCAGGCAAGAUGAGAAAGAGUGGGGUGAUAUGAUGUUGGCUUCUCUUCAAGACCUUUACCCUCAGAUAGAGAGAGAAAUGGAAGAAGAAAGUCAAGAAGAUGGAAGGGAAAAUCUGCGAAGUGCAAAGGAAUUGCUUGAACCAAUUUGGAUGUAUCAUAUGUAUGAAACUGGGAAGGUUUCUAUGGAGGAAGACUAGAUUGAAAACAUGAGCCUGAAUGUAAAGAAGCCAAGAAAUGACCAAUUUGUGACAAACAGGGUGGGUUAGUAUUGCAUGUACAGGUUGAAAUAAAAUUCUUUUAUUUUUGUAUAUUUGCAAUUAUGGUUGAAAUAAAAUUC